AUGUUUGAAGUCCCUAUAACCUUGACUAAUAAGAAGUUUGCUCAAAGAAGAAAGUUAAAGUAUCAAUAUAUAAAUCACACCUCCAGAAGAUUUGACAAAAUUGCCAAGAAAUCUAAUACUGGAGAUAGUUUGCCCACACCCGAAAAUUCCGCAGCUGAAAAUAAUGACGAAGAUUAUAAUGAUGCAGAAUACGAAGAACAAAAUAGUGAAGGUGGUGCGUAUAGGGGAUCAAUACUGCAGCAAAAGAAAAGGAGAAGAGAAAGACAUUGGAAAAGUGUGGUUGGUGAAAUUUAUUCUACUACAGAAACUGAAUCGGAUUCUCAAGAGGAAGAAGUUGAGGGAGAUAUCGAGCAUGAGACUGAAAUAAAUAAGGAGGAUAGCGACGAAGAGAGAAAGUUCUGGAAAAAAUACGAAAAACCUGAAAAGAGUUUUGAAAUUUGGCGAACAGUGUCUUCACAGAAUAAAAGCCCCAUUAACAAACAAAAAAUGACAUAUCAUAAUUUUAAAAAAAUUGAGAAGAAUUCUUUACGGAAAAUGGAAAUUCCCCUAUUGCAUAGCACAAAGGAAAAUAAACUUUACUUUCAAUCUAUAUCCAAAGGGUUGGAACCAUUGAAAACAUCAACAUCAGAAAUCAGGAAUUACCGCACAAGACAUAUAAUAACAUUAACCGACCUUUUGCAUUUGAAUGUGUCGAGACAUAACUGGUCACUUGCAUAUAAAAUAUUUGCCACAUUAAUAAGGAUCCCAGGGGUGCAAAUCAAGUCUCUUUGGGGUGUUGGUGUUGAAGUACUGAAUAAUUUACCAAACUCAUCAACAAGUCUUGACUUCCUACAAUGGAUGUGUCAAAUCUAUUCAUCAAAGUCAAGAUUUGUUCAAAAUAUUAAUUACCGUUCCAUUGUCCCCCCUUUUCAAACUGGUUCUAGGACUCAUACUGCGAAGUUUGCCAUCACAUACCUAUGGUCCUCUUUAAUUAAUUGCCAAAAAUCUAUGGAACCAUCAUCAAACAUCAUUGAUAAGCGUUUUGAUAUGGAAAACGAUAUACUACAAGAACUAAUUGAUAAGAUAUCAGAAUGGGUACUCACCCCUCCAUUUAUGGAAGACGCCGAAGUUUGGUUCAUUUAUGCAUCGUGCCAUUUAUUAAAGGCCGAUGCUUUGUCGAGGCAAUUUGCCAGUGACAACAAAAAUAAAGAUCUAAUUGGUUUAGAUAGAGACAUAAAGAUCAACCAGAUUAUAAAGCACAUUCACUACGUGAGGAUAUUCUUAAAAACUUGUUUAGACAAAGGCGGGUUUAUCGUUCCUAGCAGGUUAAUUGAAAAUCAGUUGAAGAACUUCGAAUCAAGGCUGUACGAUGAAGCACAAGAUAUUCAGGAGGGGGAAGUGGCCAACGUAUAUGAUAGCAUUAAUAAUAGUUCAGUGGAAAACUCGUUUGGAGACGUGUACGAAACAAACGCAGAGUUUCUAGAUACACAGUUAAUGGAUUUAUCACCAGAGGACAACGAAUUGGCCGAAACUCAUUACAGUGAUGAAGACUCGAGUGAGUGA